UAAAACUAGCGUCGAGAGUAGUACUUUGUAAAGAAUGCUUUUCGGUAUUUUUACACAAUUUCUACUUCAACCAAAAGAAUGGCAUCACAUUAAUGGAAAAUGGAAGGUGGUGGGUAGUGCCAUUUUUUUUUAAGUGCUGUUUAAGGAACUUUAAUAUGAAACAUUAAACACUUGAUAGAGGGAGCUGUACAAAUGGCAAGCAUGCACUAUCAUUCUUGUCAUCUGGCAGUUAUUUUUAAAAAUUUAAAAAAUGUUUGGACUAUCGCAGACUCCCCAGGCAGUUUUUACAAAUUCUGGGUGGAAGAUUACAUUUUGAUUGUCCAUUUUUUAGUAUCGCAUUAGCUGGUCAUAGCUAUGCAUGGCAAGCCAUUGUUUAAGUCAAGUGAAAGGGAACACAAAUAUGAAGAACUUGAAGCCUAAAUAUGGCUUUGGGAUUUUUCCACAUAUUUCACUUUAUCCCUCUCUACCAUAGAUAAUCAAGCUAUGAAAGGCAUUUUACCUUUAAAAUAACCUAAUGUAGUAAUUUUUAAAAGACACUGAAGAUUUCUAUUCUGUUGAUUUUAUCCUAUCGUGCCAAGUGACUUUCAAAAGAUCAGACCCAUAUCGACAGACCUGAGUUCUGUCCACUACACUUUGCCUUUUCCCCACUACCAGUUGUGGGGAACUGGUACCUCAAAAGUCCUCAUACCUCACCUGCAGUAUUGAAAAAACUUUUGCAUAACCUUCCCUUAGUUAUUUCAUUUGAUCUCAGUUGCAGAUGGCUGUUCUGGGAAGAAUAUAAUUUUUCUAAAUCAAGUUCAUACAUGCAUUGUUGGAUCAUACAUGCAUUGUUAUCUUUGGCCUUGGUCUCCUUAAUGGAAGAAAGGAUGGAAAUGAUUUCUGAAAGAUCGAAAGAGAGUGUGUAUUCCUGGGACAAAACCGCAGAAAAGAGUGAUUUUGAAGCUGUAGAAGCACUUAUGUCAAUGAGCUGCAGUUGGAAGUCUGAUUUUAAGAAAUACACUGAAAACAGACCUGUUACUCCAGUAUCCGAUAUGUCGGAGGAAGAGAAUCUACUCCCGAGUACACCUGACUUUCAUACGAUCCCAGCAUUUUGUUUGACUCCACCUUACAGCCCUUCUGACUUUGAACCCUCUCAAGUGUCAAAUUUGAUGGCAUCAGCGCCAUCUACCGGACACUUCAAAUCAUUCUCAGAUCCUGCCAAGCCUCACAUUGCUGCACCUUUCAAAGAGGAAGAGAAGAGCCCGGCACCUGCCCCCAAACUCCCCAAGGCUCAGGCAACAAGUGUGAUCCGUCAUACAGCUGAUGCCCAGCUGUGUAACCACAGAUCUUGCCCAGUGAAAGCAGCCAGCAUCCUCAACUAUCAGGACAAUUCUUUUCGAAGAAGAACCCACCUGAACGUUGAGGCUGCAAGAAAAAACAUACCCUGUGCAGCUGUGUCACCAAACAGAUCCAAACGUGAGAGAAACACGGCAGCAGAUGUUAAUGAGAAAGCAAGUCCUGCACUUUAUGACUUUUCUGUGCCUUCCUCAGAGACAGUCAUCUGUAGACCUCAGCCCGCCCCUGUGUCCCCACAGCAGAAGUCGGUGCUGGUCUCCCCACCUGCAGUGUCAACAGGGGGAGUGCCACCUAUGCCGGUCAUCUGUCAGAUGGUUCCCCUCCCUGCAAACAACCCUGUUGUGACAACAGUUGUUCCUAGCACUCCACCCAGUCAGCCACCAGCUGUGUGCCCACCUGUCGUGUUCAUGGGCACUCAGGUGCCCAAAGGCGCUGUCAUGUUUGUCGUUCCCCAGCCUGUUGUUCAGAACCCAAAGCCUCCGGUGGUGAGCCCAAAUGGCACCAGACUCUCUCCCAUCGCCCCUGCUCCAGGGUUUUCCCCUUCCACAGCAAAAGUCACUCCUCAGAUUGACUCAUCCAGGAUACGAAGUCACAUCUGUAGCCACCCAGGAUGUGGCAAGACGUACUUUAAGAGCUCUCAUCUGAAGGCCCACAUGAGAACACACACAGGAGAAAAGCCUUUUAGCUGUAGCUGGAAAGGUUGUGAAAGGAGGUUUGCCCGUUCCGAUGAACUGUCCAGACACCGGCGAACCCACACAGGUGAGAAGAAAUUUGCUUGUCCCAUGUGUGACCGACGGUUCAUGAGGAGCGACCAUUUGACCAAGCAUGCCCGGCGCCAUCUGUCCGCCAAGAAGCUACCAAACUGGCAGAUGGAAGUGAGCAAGUUAAAUGACAUGGCCUUACCUCCAACCCCUGCCCCCACACAGUGACCGCUCAGAAGGUGAGAAUCCGAAGUAACUUUGGUCACAGCCAGGAGCCAGCGGUGAUGUAAAAAUGCUUCCACUGCAAGUCUGUGGCCCUCCGGUGCGGCGGAACGCAGAAGCCCCACAGCCUGAGGAGAAGCCUCAGCCCUGGGCUGGAGGACAAGAAGUGCUGUAGCCACAAGCAGGUCACAGAGUGGCAGGAUUCAUUUCUUAUCACAUAAGAGAGAUGAGAAAGCUUUUAUUCCUUUAAAUAUUUUUUGAAGGUUUCAGAUGAGGUCAACACAGGUAGCACAGAUUUUGAAUUUGUGUGCACAAUUUAUUACUUCGUUUUCACCGUUUGUACUUGAGACCAACUUUUCAAUGUGAUUCUUCAAAGCACUGGUUUCAAGAAUAGAGACUGGAAAUAAACAUUAUGGUACGGAGAUGGAGAUGGAAAAUUGAUUUGUAUUACAAACUUUGGCAUCUUUUCCUAGUUACCUUGUUUACUAUUCCUAGUCUUUCCAGUCAAUUUCGUGGAUGUAGUUGUUAAAUAUGAUCUAGAACUAGCAUUUUUAUACUUGCUACCAUUUGGAAUUAAGCAGCUUGUAUAUUGCUGAAGAGGGCCCAAAGAUUUGGAAUCCUCAGUAAUUUAAUUGCUUUGAAGUAUAGCUAUAAUUUUUUUGCAUUUUUGUUUUGAAAGUUUAACAGAUGACUAUAUCUAGGCAUUUUAUUAUGCUUUGAGCUUUAGUUUGCCUGCAGUUUCUUGUGUAGAUUUGAAAAUUGUAUACCAAUGUGUUUUCUGUAGACUCUAAGAUACAUUGCACUUUGUUUAGAAAAAAAAAUGGAAGAUAAAAAUAUAUAUUGUAAAGAAGGGAUACCAAGAAUUUUAGGUAACUCCUUGAAAAAGAUGACUUAUGUCAUCAGUAAAGUACCCUUAUAUUAUGAGGAUAUAAUGUGUGCUUUAUUGAAUUAGAAAGUUAGUGACCAUUAUUCACAUGGGCAAGUGUUGUCCUGUUAAUUUAUAGGAGUUUUUUUGGGGGGGAGGGAAGUGGAAUUAGGUGAAUAGAAGUUGUUAAAACAUUCACUUUUGUUAACAGUAUUUCUGUUAUAUUCUGUUAUAUAGUGGAUGAUACAUACAGUGGUAAAACAAAAGUAAAUUGUUUAAAAUCUACAGUGAAAAAUGGCACUAUAUCUUUCCAUUUAACAUUUUUCUCUAUUGGGUAUUGAUUUCUGACAUCAAAACUUGGACCCUUGGAAAACAGGAAUUUUCUUUUAAUAAUAAAAAAAACUUUGUGAUUUACAAUUUGCACAAUAUUUCUUUUGUUGUACUUUAUAUCUUGUUUACAAUAAAAAUUUCCUUUGGUAUA